AUGUCGGAUGCCUCCGUUUCCACAAGUUCCAGUUCGUUCUAUGAUGUAUCCUCCAAUGGCCUUGGUCACAACCAUACCAUUUCAAGCCCAAUGCACAACGACCUCGGCUUCCCUGUGCAUGAUGUCAACAUGGAGCCUUUGCCUCCCGACUCAGCGGUCAUACCAGGUAGCCCUUUCUACUACCCACCAUGGCAACUCGGUGUUCCAUUACACGACGGCUCCAUCGUUUUUCGACCCAUUGUGUGCUAUGACCAAGAAAUGAGGCCCAAUUUGCAUAUGCCGACAGGUUUUCAAUCCGAUCAGAUCGCUACUGCUGGAUAUUCAAAUGGUCAUUUGCCCAGCAACACCCCACUGACUCUUCCCACCCUUCCGGUUGAACCUCAGUCUAUGAGGGUACAGCAGGAGACCCGUGCGAACAAUAACAGAGAGAGUCGAAGGAACCAGCAACUUGCUCAGAGAUGUAGAUGGGAGGGCUGUACAUCCACAAGGUGUUUCAACCGCCAGGCCGACCUUCUGCGGCAUGGGUGA